GCCGGUCUCCCAGACCCCUACCAAAACCUCGCUUCCUCUCCCCCGCAUGCCACAGUCGCCAUGAGCGACAGCAACCCCGCCGCCGCCGCCUCAAGCAAGCGACCCUGUGACCCCUCCCUCGACGACCCCACGCCGUCGGCCAAGCUGCAGCGGUCCUCCGAGCCGUCAGACCCAACGCCGGCGGUGAAACCGAACGGCGGCGCGGAGACGGGAGAGGAGAGCGAGGUGAUGGCCGGCGCACGGAACCCUAGGGCGCAGAGGUACCUGGUCGCCGUGGAGUACAUUGGCACCCGCUUCUCCGGCUCCCAGCAGCAGCCCAACCAGCGCACCGUCGUCGGCGUCCUCGAGGAGGCAUUUCACAGAUUUAUUGGGCAGCCAGUUUCGAUAUUCUGUUCUAGCCGAACGGAUGCAGGUGUUCAUGCUUUAUCAAAUGUUUGUCAUGUUGAUGUGGAGCGGAUAAGUAAAAGGAAGCCUGGUGAAGUUUUAACACCUCAUGAGCCUGGAGUUGUAAAACGUGCUGUGAACCACUUUCUACUGAAGAAUGAAGGUGACAUAAUGGUGACUGAUGUUCGCUGUGUUGCACCAGAUUUUCAUGCUAGAUACAAAGCUCUAGAACGCACAUAUCACUAUCGCUUGCUUUCUGGACCUGAAUCAACAUCUGUCUUUGAGACAAACUCUGCUUGGCAUAUAUCUGAAGAUUUGGAUAUUCAGGCAAUGAAGAAAGCAUGCAGCAUACUUGUUGGCCAUCAUGAUUUCAGUUCAUUUCGAGCAGCUGGAUGUCAGGCAAACUCUCCGAUGCGAACUCUGGAUGAACUUAGCGUUACAGAAGUAUUCCCUUUCAUGUUUUUUCCUUCAAGUGUAGAAAGAUCACAGUUGGAAUCAUCAAAUGGUUCUCUUGUUUAUUCAAGGACACCAGACAUAGAAUCUUCUGGGAAAGGAUCUGAUCUUUGCUGUACCAGCAGUGUGAAAUCAGAACUCGAGAAUGGAGAAGACUUUGGAAAGAGAUCAAGGCACCGCUGCUUUGUUGUUACUGCAAGGGCACGGUCUUUUCUUUACCAUCAGGUAAGGUUGAUGGUCGGUCUUCUAAAAUCUGUUGGAACGGGAGAUCUAACAACUGCAGAUGUUGAGAGAAUUCUUGAUGCAAAGACGGUGACUGCUGCACCCCGUAUGGCACCUGCUUAUGGUCUGUACCUUGCUAACGUGAAAUAUGAUCUGAAUGCUUGAAGGCAAGUUUUAUCUAGUGGCUUCUGUUGAUGGGCCUCCAGGUUUUGUCAGCUGUUGGCUAUCAAAGGAUUAGGUUCAAUCUUCAUGAAUCCGGAAGUUCGCAAUCAGAAAAGCAAAUGCUUUAUUCUCGUCAGUUUCUGUUGUGAAUUCAGUUGAUCAAAUCUCAGUGACAUGAACCUUCUUUACAAGAUUAUACUAGGCAGGCUUUAUCUUACGGCAUUUUCUUACUGGAGGAUAGGAUCCAUUUUUCUGCCAUUUAGAUUAUACUAGGCAGGCUUUUAUCACUACUCUUAGAAUGAGAGGCUGGGAUUGACCAGGACCUGUUCUCUGGGAACUUCCGCCUCUAGCCAAUCCACUUAUUCAGUAUAGUUUGGGUAUGAAUGGUAAUCUCUAGACAUUUUCAGAACUUAACACAGCUUAGCUAAUAAUCGCACAUUCCAACAAUUCCUAGUCCUGUGUUCUAUCUGUUAUAUUGGUGAUGAUGGAAUUACAACUGAUUACACGUAUAUCCAUUAUGCCUUCCAAUUGAUGUGAUCUGCUAGAGUUCAUGAAUCACCUACCUUUGUGUGUAUUGGCUGAAAA